AUGGGGCGGUUAGUUGGCUUAGAAUUGAGUAAUUUCAAGUCCUAUAGAGGUGUCACCAAAGUAGGAUUUGGCGAGUCAAACUUCACAAGCAUUAUCGGCCCUAACGGUUCUGGUAAAUCAAAUAUGAUGGAUGCCAUCUCGUUCGUGCUCGGUGUACGCAGUAAUCACUUAAGGUCAAAUGUCUUGAAGGAUUUGAUCUAUAGAGGGAUCUUGAACGAUGGUAACGAUAACGAUAACGAUGAUGAUAGUGCCUCUGACGAUGAUGCGACCACCUCCAACCCGAAAUCUGCGUACGUGAAGGCCUUUUACCAGAAGGGAAACAAACUGGUGGAGCUCAUGAGGAUAAUCUCCAGAAACGGUGAUACUAGUUAUAAGAUUGAUGGUAAAUCUGUCUCCUAUAGGGACUAUUCCGUAUUUCUGGAAAAUGAAAAUAUUCUUAUCAAGGCCAAAAACUUCUUGGUGUUCCAAGGCGACGUUGAACAAAUUGCAGCACAGUCCCCGAUAGAACUGUCUAAAAUGUUCGAAGAGGUGUCAGGUUCUAUUCAGUAUAAAAAGGAGUAUGAUGAAUUAAAAGAAAAAAUUGAAAAAUUAGGCAAAUCUGCAACCGAAUCUAUCAAAAAUAGAAGAAGAAUUCACGGUGAAUUGAAAACAUACAAGGAGGGUAUUAACAAGAACGAGGAAUAUAUAAAACAAGUUGACAAAAAAAAUGAGCUGCAAAGGUUUCAGGCCCUAUGGCAGUUAUAUCAUCUGGAGCAGCAAAAGGAAGAGCUAAUGGAUAAGCUGUCGGCAUCUAACUCUGAAGUAUCGUCUCUAAAAGAAAAAAUAAACAACGAAAUGAAAUCGCUGCAGCGCUCAAAAUCUUCCUUUGUAAAGGAAGGCACUAUAAUUUCUAAGCAGAAAAGUAAAUUAGAGUAUAUUGUCAAAGAUAAAGAAAAACUAGUUUCAGAUUUGCGGCUAAUAAAAGUUCCUCAACAAGCGGCAGGAAAACGUAUUUCUCAUAUUGAAAAAAGAAUCGAAAGUUUACAGAGGGAUCUUGGAAGACAGGAAGCUUACGUAGAGAGAUUCGAAACACAACUGAAAGUAGUAACCAAAUCAAAGAAAACUUUUGAGGAGGAAAUCAAAGAAUCUGCCAGGAAUUAUGAGAAAUUUAAGCUAAACGAAAAUGACCUGAAGACAUACGAUCUUCUGCAUGAAAAAUAUCUAACUCAGGGGGGGUCAGUUCUAGAAGAAAAAAUCUCCCUUUCCAAUAACCAUAAACAGGAAAUACUGGACGAGUUGGACAGAUUUAACAAAAGGGCCGAUAUUUCCAAAAGGAGGAUAACAGAAGAGCUUUUGAUUACAGGUGAAAAAUUAGACACUCAAUUGAAUGAUUUGAGAGCUUCUUUGAAUGAAAAAAAUGCUCUUCAUACUGAACGGUUGAAUCAGCUGAAAAAACUGCAAUCUGAUAUUGAGUCAGCCAAUAACAAAGAAUAUGACUUGAAUUUCAAGUUGAGAGAGACCUUGGUGAAGAUCGACGACUUAAGUGCUAAUCAAAGAGAAACAAUGAAGGAAAGAAAAUUGAGAGAAAAUAUAGCGAUGCUGAAAAGAUUUUUCCCCGGUGUGAAAGGUCUUGUUCACGACCUUUGUCACCCAAAGAAGGAAAAAUACGGCUUGGCAGUGUCUACUAUUUUGGGUAGGAAUUUUGAUUCUGUAAUUGUAGAAAACUUAACUGUGGCUCAAGAAUGUAUUGCAUUUUUGAAGAAGCAACGUGCAGGCACCGCAUCUUUCAUACCACUUGACACUAUCGAGACAGAUUUGCCCACGUUAUCAUUGCCUGAUUCACAAGACUACAUUUUAUCCAUAAAUGCCAUAGAUUAUGACUCGGAAUAUGAAAAAGCGAUGCAGUAUGUAUGUGGAGAUUCCAUUAUCUGUAAUACAUUAAAUAUUGCCAAAGACUUGAAAUGGAAAAAAAGCGUGAGGGCCAAGCUGGUUACAAUCGAAGGGGCCCUAAUUCACAAGGCUGGUUUGAUGACAGGAGGUAUAUCGGGAGACGCUAAUAAUAGGUGGGACAAAGAAGAAUAUCAAGGCCUAAUGUCUCUAAAGGACAAACUGCUAAUCCAAAUCGAUGAGCUUUCCAAUAGUCAACGCUCUAACUCCAUUAGGGCAAGAGAAGUUGAAAAUAGUGUCUCUCUAUUAAAUUCUGAUAUAGCAAGUUUGAGAACCCAAGUAACACAACAAAAGCGCUCCUUGGAUGAAAAUAACUUAGAGAUUAAAUAUCAUAAUGACUUGAUAGAGAAGGAAAUCCAACCAAAGAUAACCGAAUUGGAGGAGAAACUGAAAAAUUUGGAGAACACUAGAAAUGAUUUAGAGAAAGAGAAGGAAGCACUGCAAAAUGACAUCUUCAAGAAAUUCACAGAUAAAAUCGGCUUCUCUAUCAAAGAAUAUGAAAAUCACUCUGGUGAGUUAAUGAGGCAACAGUCAAGAGAGUUACAACAGUUGCAAAAACAAAUCUUGACCGUUGAAAAUAAGCUACAAUUCGAAAAAGACAGAUUAAACACUACACAAAGGAGAUAUGAAAAGGCCCAGAAUGACCUGAAAAGCGCUCAAAUUGAAAUGAAGUCCUUGGAAGAGCAGGAAGAAGCAGCAGAAAUGAAAAUCAAAUCGUUAGAGUCCAAAUUGGAGGAGAAUAAAAUUCAUCUGGAGGGGUUGCAAAGGAAAUUUACAGCAAAGCAAAGCGAUUUAAAUUCCAAUGAAGACGUUUUAGAAGAUAUGAACAGUAACUUACAAAUCUUGAAAAGGGAAAGAGACGGCAUAAAGGAAGACACCGAAAAGUUUGACUUGGAAAGGGUGACGGCGUUGAAAAAUUGCAAAAUUUCCAAUAUAAAUCUGCCUAUAUUAUCGGAAACGACAAUAGAUGAUCUACCCAUCGCUUCUGGUGAUUCUGAAGCAAUUUCAAUUUCCAACAAAAUCGAUGUAGAUUAUAAAGGACUGCCCAAGAAAUACAAAGAAAGUAAUACUGAUUCGGCAAAGAAAGGGCUGGAUGAAAAAAUCCGUGAAGUGGAGGAAAUAUUGAACGAGUUGCAACCCAAUGCGAGAGCCGAAGAGAGGUAUGACGAGGCAGAAGAGAGAUUUGAAGUGAUUAAUAACGAAACGGAGGAAUUGAAGGCAGAAGAGAAGAAAAUAUUGAGUCAAUUUCUAAAGAUCAAGAGAAAAAGGAAAGAAUUAUUCGAAAAGACGUUUGAUUACGUGAGUGAUCAUCUAGAUGCAAUCUACAGAGAACUGACCAAAAACCCCAAUUCCAAUGUGGAACUGGCCGGUGGUAACGCCUCUCUAACUAUAGAAGACGAAGACGAACCGUUCAACGCGGGAAUCAAAUAUCAUGCAACUCCACCUUUGAAAAGAUUCAAGGAUAUGGAAUACCUUUCUGGUGGUGAAAAAACAGUGGCUGCGUUGGCUUUACUAUUUGCUAUCAACUCUUACCAGCCAAGCCCCUUCUUCGUCCUGGAUGAAGUGGACGCUGCCUUAGACAUAACCAAUGUCCAGAGAAUUGCAGCCUACAUAAGAAGACACCGUAAUCCGGACCUCCAGUUCAUCGUCAUUUCGCUGAAAAACACCAUGUUCGAAAAGUCUGAUGCACUCGUUGGCGUCUACAGGCAGCAACAGGAAAACUCCUCCAAGACCAUCACUUUGGACUUGAGCAAUUAUGCACUAUGA